UCGUGGACGAAUCAAUUCGUUGUCACAUCAUUGUCGUUGACGUAUAAAAACGGAAAAAUUGCAAUGCAAGACGGCGAUCCGGAUCAUAUUGCACUAAUAUCAGCGAUAAAAAAUGGAAAGUUCGACAACGCAAGUGAAAUUUUGGAGUACGAUCACGAAAAUAAAUACGUAGGUCCAUUAGGUGUCCUUCAAGUGACAGCCCUGCAGAUGGCUGCUUGGCAAGGGAACAUAGAUCUGUUGAAUCAACUCCACGAGAGAGGCGCCGAUAUAAACAGCAAAGAUAAAAUUGGUAGGUGCGCACUUUAUUAUGCGGUGUACAACGGUAAUACUGAGGUAACAGAGUGGCUUCUUGAACAUGGAGGAGACGUCAACGUCAAAAUCGGCAUCUACCUAAAAGAGAACUUCAUACCUGACUAUAUAUACAUCGCGAACAGACAAUAUUAUAGCAUGUCAAAAGGACUAUUGCCAAUACUUUACGGCGGGAAAAGAACGCCCUUGCAAUUCGCGGUGGAGAAAAAUUACGCAGACAUUGUGCGCGUUUUAGUGGAAAGCGGAGCAAAUGUGAAUGUUGAAGAUGAGUACCCGAUUAUCCCGUUGUUCUUAGCAGGAAUAUUGGUAAAUCUCAACGAUCCCAAUGAAAUGAAUGAGUUCAAUGAGAUCGUUGGGAUUCUGGUCGCCGCGAAGGCGUCCAUUAAGGCUUUUCCAGAUAGUACAGAGAUCACUCGUCUGCACGUUACGGCAAUGCUACGCAGUGUAGCAGUAACGAAGAUAUUGUUAAAUGGUGUAUGGCCAUUAAAGAACUAUGAAAGUAUGCUCCUUCAUUAUGCCGCGGAAUUAGGCAAUAUUGAAACACAUCUACUUGAAGCAAUAUCACCCGAGUUUGAUAAUGAUACACCUUAUACGAACAUUACGGCUCUUCAUGUAGCUGCUUUUAAUAAUCAUCGCAAGUGUGCACAAGCUUUGAUCCGUCGUGAAGCUAAUUUAGUUGCGAAAACAAAGACCGGAAUUACCGUCGUGGAUGCUAUAUUUAGUUGUAUUUCGCAACCAUUAGACUUUUUAACAGACGUCUUAAAUUCUUGCGUAACACCAGAAUGUGACAAAAGCAUCGUGGUCAACUUCCAUAUAUUGAUUCCAAGAGUUGAGACGCAAAUGGCAGUAGUCACAGCCAUUAUUGCAGCAACUUCGGAUAUGAAGCAACUGGCAAUAUUACAGCAUCCAGUUGUGGAGACCUUUCUCAGAUUGAAGUGGAAAAAAAUAAGAAUAUUUUUUUUCCUUCUUAUAUUCAUACACACGUCCUUUAUUAUUUUUCUCUCAAACUAUGCUUUAAUGUUUGCACAAAAUGAUGCUGAUCACGUGGUGACUCGAAGAAUAGUAGCAACCUGUUCUUGUAUUCUUUUGCUUCACAAUAUAAUUCAAAUUAUAUUAGAACCAAAGUAUUAUCGCAGACAACUAGAAAUGUGGUUGUCAUUGAUAUGCGUCAUACUAUCCUUGAUAACGUCGAUAGCAGAAGAGUUCGUAAAAUGUUCAAAGGAAGAAAUCGAGUCUCGGCAUUGCAUGGAUUGGAUGCUACAUUCCAUCAGCAUCGCAAUCUUGCUGAGUUGGAUGCAAAUGAUGUUGUUAAUUAGCCGAGUUCUAAUGUGGGGAGAUUACGCGCUCAUGUUUUACACGGUAUUGAGGAAUAUACUAAAGGUUAGCCAAAAUAAUUAACAUAUUGUUUUUUCUUAGAGCAAAUUAUACUAUGUUUCAUACAUUUAUCAAAAAUCUAAUUACAAAAUAUAAAAAUUAGCAUUUUUUAACUUUUUACGACAAAUCCGAUUUUUUCUUAAUCUUUAAACACACCGAUUCUGUAAAAUACGAAAACACAUUUUUGGGUCUGGGAGGC